GCAAGUUAACAAAUCAAGGCAGUUCAGUGGUAACUGUAGAUUGGUGUUAACUCUUAUUGUAUUUUAAAAGCAUGUAUGCCAUAUCUUUACAUUUAUAUUUUCAAAUUUAAGCAAACAUGUGAGUUACUUGAGAUACAGAUGUUUUUAAUUGCAACAUUUUGAGGGCAUUUUGCAUAUGGACAAAUGCAAGCUUAAACACUUAUAUAUGAUGGAAAAUAUGACAAAUUUUGCAACUUACACUCUGAUGGAACCACAAGACUCUAAAUCAUACAGGUAUAUUUAUUUCACAUGCUUUUUGUUCGUCUAUGUUAUGAUACUGUUUGUGAACAUUUGGCUCAGUGUUGUUAUUGUCUUGGAGAGAGCCCUUCAUGAACCAAUGUACAUUUUUCUGUGCAAUCUCUGUGUAAAUGACAUUUAUGGAACAGCAGCAUUUUAUCCUAAAAUCUUGCAUGAUUUAAUAUUGAAUUCAUACAUAAUUCCAUCUUACAUGUGUGCUUUCCAGGCCUUUACUGUUUAUACUUAUGUCAUGUGUGAAUAUUCUAUAUUAGCAGUGAUGGCAUAUGACAGACAUGUGGCCAUAUGUCGACCUUUAGACUAUCACUCAAAGAUGAAUACAUUUUCAUGCAGCAUAUUACUUGCCUUCUGUUGGAUCAUACCAUUUCUUAUUAUGUUCAUUGCAGUUUUCUUGUCAAAUAGGUUGGUACCAUGUAAAAAUCAUAUUGACAAGUUGUAUUGUGACAACUGGUCAAUUGUAAAACUCUCAUGUGGAUCAACUUUUGUCAAUAACCUUUAUGGAUUUAUUUUUAUUUCGUUAUAUUUCGGUCUUGUGAUUGUAAUUACUGUGUCCUAUAUUAAACUUAUCAUUGCAUGUAAAGCAUCAUUAGAGUGCAGAAGGAAAUUCUGGCAGACAUGUGUGCCUCAUGUAAUUUCAUUGAUAAAUCUCACUGUUGCAAUACUUUUUGAUACCAUCUAUAACAGAUAUGGAUCAAGUGAUUUCCCUGUAACCCUGCGUAAUUUUUUGGCUUUAGAAAUGAUUAUAGUGCCACCUCUUUUCAAUCCUAUAAUUUAUGGCUUAAAACUAACAGAAGUUCGCAAAAGAAUUCUAAAAUUAUGCAUGAAUUGUACUAAAAAAAUUGACAGUAUGAAGCAUGUUGUGUAUAUACUGUAGUGUGUCUGUCAGGGAAAAAAAGGUUAAGCUAAGAAAAAAUAAUAGUAAAAUGAGUGAUGCUUUUAUCCUCUCAUUAUGCUGCACGUGCAUUUAAUGUACACUGAGGUUUCAGAAUCACAAAAUACAUUUGGACAAAGUGAUCAGGACUUGUAUCAUCCUGGGGUUUAUUUAGUAAUGACUGUCUGACUAUAACUACUUAUC